AUGAAAGAGCCAGCCUCACCGACGUCCCUGUCCCCGACCUUCAAGGACAAUGACAAGGGCACCAAGACAAACAUGGAAACCGACUAUGUCAUUGUCUUCCGCUAUGCGAACACCACCAAGGCCGAAGCAGGCAAGAAGUUCGCCCUUCUCGUAGAAAGACUCGCCAGGGUCGGAUUGGCUACCGAAGUCCGCAACGGAGACAACCACUCCCUGUUGAUCUUUGUCAAGGUUGCCAGCGAAGACCACGUCAACGCCGAGGUAUACCGCUCCAGAGUCAAGGACUGGAUCCAUGGGGUUAGGUCGGCUGCACCGUCCAAGGAAACCAAGAAGGCUAUCGAGGAGGAACCGCUUCAUGAGGCCGAACGCUACCGCAUCAUCUACCGUAUGAUCACCAACUCGGAAGAAGAAGGCGGCGCUGGCAUCACUGCCAAAGAGGGAGAGUGGAAGAAUGUCGAGUCCAUCUUUGCUCUGCAUGACCACGCCUACAACAAAGAGUGGAUCCAAAGGUGGACCAAGAAAUACCUCCUGGACACCGAAGAUCUCGAUGAGAUCAGAAACAGAUUGGGCGAGAAGAUUGCUUUCUACUUUGCCUUUACCCAGUCUUACUUCACCUUCCUCGUCUUCCCAGCCGCUUUCGGAGCCACCGCCUGGCUUCUGCUGGGCAAGUUCUCGCCCAUCUACGCUAUCGUCAGCACUUUGUGGUGCAUUGUCUUUGUCGAGUACUGGAAGCAUCAAGAGGUUGAUCUCGGUGUGAGAUGGGGCGUCCGUGGCGUGUCCAACAUCCAGACCAAGCGUAGACACUUUGAGCACGAACACGAGGGUACCGAUCCCGUCACUGGUGAGAAGAUGCAGAUCUUCCCUGCUACCAAGCGUCUUCAGCGCCAGCUGCUCCAGGUUCCCUUUGCAAUUGCUGCGGCCACUGUGCUUGGUAGCUUGAUCGCUACUUGCUUCGGCAUUGAGAUCUUCAUUUCGGAAAUCUAUGGCGGUCCUCUCAAGUCUGUCUUGGUCUUCCUUCCCACCAUCAUCUUGACCACAGUCAUGCCUGUCUUGAACGGUAUCCUUACCACUUUUGCUGAGCGUCUGACCAAGUUCGAGAACUACGAGACAGACGAUGCCUUCGAAUAUGCCAUGACGCAGAAGAUAUUUGUCUUGAACUUCAUCACCUCAUACCUGCCCGUAUUUUUGACUGCUUUCGUCUAUGUACCCUUUGGCGCCGUCGUGGUACCUUUCCUCGACGUCUUCAGUUUGACUGCUAGACCUUUUGCUCAGAACGAGAAGCAGCUACAGGCACCCAAGUCUGGCUCAUUCGUCAUCAACCCCGAUCGCCUGCGCAAGCAGAUCAUUUACUUCACCGUUACUGCUCAGAUUGUCAACCUUGGUAUGGAAGUCAUCGUCCCUUAUCUCAAGCGUCAAGGCUUCACCAAGUACAAGGAAAUGCAGAGUGAGCGUGCCGCAAAGAGUGGUCGUCAGACUACUAGCACUACUGAGAGCGACAACCCCGACGAGGCUGCCUUCCUGACCCGCGUCCGCCGCGAAGCUGAACUUGAUGUCUACAACGUCACCUCCGACCUCCGCGAAAUGGUUGUCCAAUUCGGCUACCUCGCACUCUUCAGCACCGUCUGGCCCUUGACAGCCGUCUCCUUCCUUGCCAACAACUGGCUCGAGCUCCGCGCUGACGCCGUCAAGAUCUGCAUCGAAAUGCAGCGACCCAUCCCAGAACGCGCCGACACCAUUGGUCCUUGGUUGGACUCUCUGUCCUUCCUCAGCUGGCUCGGCAGCAUCACCACCGCCGCCCUCGUCUACCUCUUCAGUAACGACGGCCUCGGCCCCGACGGCACACCCAAAAACAUCCGCGGCUGGGCCUUGCUGCUCACCAUCUUCUUCGCCGAACAUUUCUACCUACUCAUCCGCUGGGCGGUCCAAAUCGGCAUUUCCAAAAUCGACUCGCCUGGUCGCCAAAAGGAACGUCGCGACCGCUAUCUUGUUCGUCAGCGCUACUUUUCAGAGUCGCUGAGUGAGAGCCAGAAAUUGCCCCAGGUCGGCAAGUUUGGAGAAAAGAUUACUAGGGAGAGUCUUGAGGAGGAGGCUAGAGCUAGUUCGCUCAGAAGUUCGAGGGUUGAAGAUAGAUUCUGGGCUAGGCAGAGGAAUUGGCAUGAGACUGCUCAGGUGGGUGCGGGCCUGAUUGACAGAGCCCCGGCUACUGAGGAGGUCAAGAAGAUGCAGUAG